AUGAGGGAGGAGAGGAGAGAAGAUGUGGAGGAGAGGAAUAGUCCAACUCUACCAGAAGGGGCGGAGUCUGCAGGAUUGGGGGCGGGGCCAGUGUCCAUGUCGGAGCUCUGUGAUUGGCUCCUCUCCCAGCAGACCCUGGACUCGCUCUGUGCCAUCCAGCUGCGUUUCCGGGAUGACGCCAGCCUCCUGGCCCACCAGCGAGAGUGCGCCAGUCUCUUGCCCCGCCUCUCCACCACCAACUUCCUGUUUGAGGACCCGCCCCCUCGGCAGCAGCACACGUCUCCCAGCAACCCUCUCCAUGAUGACGAUGUCGCCGACGUCUCCUGUGUGGAGGCAGUGCCAAUCAAGCUGGAGGUGAGCCAAUCACACGGCUCUCCCAGUGUCCAUGUGACCACCCUGCCCACACAGGAUGAGGAGGAUGGCGUCUCCAUGGAGACAGGCAGCAACAGCAGCGGCGACAGCAUCGAGGUUCUGGCCACGGAGCGCUCCCUUAGAGACGACCCCGUCGCCAUGGAGCGCUCCCUUAGAGAUGACCCCAUCGCCAUGGAGACCAGCUGGGUCCCCGCUGUCCAGCAGCCCGUUGCCUUGGCGACCAGGUGGGGAGCGCAGCGCACGGACAGCCAGGACAGCAGCAUUGAGGUGCUGAGCAGAGAUCACAGCUUCCUGUGGGAGGACUUCAGGCCCGCUGACGGCCUGCCGCACGGCCUCAUGGGAACUGUAGUCCAGGAGGAGGAGGAAGAGGAGGAGGAUUGGCAAGGGGACGUGAGAACUGUAGUCCAGGAAGAAGAGGACUUAGCAGGGAAUGUGGGCUCUUUCCAGGACAAUGCAGAGCAGCAGAGGUUCAUGGGUACUGUAGUCCAACACAAUGCAGAGCAGCAUGGGUUCAUGGGUACUGUAGUCCAAGAUAAUGAAGAGCAGCAUAGGUUCAUGGGUACUGUAGUCCAAGAUAAUGAAGAGCAGCAGAGGUUCAUGGGUACUGUAGUCCAAGAUAAUGCAGAGCAGCAGAGGUUCAUGGGUACUGUAGUCCAACACAAUGCAGAGCAGCAGAGGUUCAUGGGUACUGUAGUCCAACACAAUGCAGAGCAGCAGAGGUUCAUGGGUACUGUAGUCCGAGAGUGUCGGUUUUCACUGUGCACACCAACAAAGCUGGAUCUACAUCUCCAUGAUGACAUAUCCCAGGAGGCGUGUCCGCUACAUCUCCAUGACGACAUGUCCCAGGAGGUGUGUCCGCUAGCCAGACUCCUCCCACUCUGCCCUAUUGGUCAAAAGGACAGAGACUCCGCCCUGCCCAGCUGUGCUUCCUGGCGUUGUGGGUGGAACAAGGGCAACGCUGCACUGGGAUUGGUGCGGAGCUGGGGGCACGCCCACCACGCCGUGUUCAGCCUUCUGAUUGGCCGACCACUGGUGGUGCUGGGAAGUGACGAGGAGAAGGUGCGGGGGCUCGUGCUCGCACUCGAGCUCUUCCUGCCCAACACACACACACGUGCACACACACACACCAACACACACACACACACACACAGAGUGCUGCCCUGGUGUUCCAGACCCAUACAGAUCACCGACCUCCUGGAGUUUGGCAUCAUAGGACUCAACAGAAGGUCCUGCCAGUCCUCUCCCAGCAUGCCGUUGUGCCUGCAACGCUACGCUCGUUACCUCAGCAUUCUGGACGCCGAUCACAUGACCCUCCGAUGCCCCGCCUACCACGGCGCUCUGAUUGGUCCGCUGACCAAGCCCCAAUCACAGCUCAGAGAAGGCGGGACUUACGCUCUGCUGGUGCAGAGCGCUCUAACGCGAUUGGCUGCUCGAGCGUUCCAUCACGUGUUCACAGGCCAUGAGGCGGAGCCGUCUCCCAGGGCUACGGAUGACGUCAGGAUCCUGGAGUUCCUGUGUGACAUCAUCAAGCUGCGCCUCACACACCACACCCCCUCCAGUGUUCUCCGAUUCAGCUACCAGCCGUGCACACUUUUCAGAUAAACACACACACACAAUUUAGAUAACACACACACACACACACACACACACUAUUCAGAUAAACACACACACACAAACACACUAUUCAGAUAAACACACACACACACACACUAUUUAAAUAAACACACACACACUUUUCAGAUAAACACACACACACACUAUUCAGCUACCAGCCGUGGACAUUUCAGAUAAAAACAAACUGUUGUAAACACAACACAACAGAAACAAACUGUUGUAUUCUGCAACUAAAUAACUUUGAAACACACAGGAAUUGAGAAACUACAGUAUGAAAAAUAAAGAGUUUAUUAAAGAAUUGAGACCUGUGUGAAAAUAAAAACUUUAUUAAAGAAUUGAGACCUGUGUGAAAAUAAACACUGUAUUAAAAUAAAGACUUUAUUAAAGAAUUGAAA